AUGGCCAGGAGAUUCCUGACGUCCGGCACCGCGCUGCCGCCGGCAACGCACGGCGCCGGCGCCGGCGGCGCGGCCCCUCCGGCGCCGCGUGCACAAGGGAAACAUCACGGGUCAUCGGCCGCGAAGGUCGCCAUCGCCGGGAACGUCAUCGUCGCGGUGCUCUUAUUCGCCGCCAUCGUCUGGCGCGUCUUCUUCUCCGGAAGAGGAGAAGACGACGACGACGACGACGUCGCUCCACCGGCGCUGGGAGCAGUAGACGGUGCCGCGGUCCCGGCGUCCCCCUCGGCUGCGAGCACGCCGGGCGCGUCGCCGCGGGCGGGCGGCCUGCAGAAGCACGACCUCCUGGCGCUGCCGGUGUACGUGCACGGCUCGUGCCCUGAUCAGGAGGGCCGCGCCGGCGGCGAGGGCAGGGUGGAGUGCGCGGUGUGCAUCAGCGAGCUCAGGGACGGCGACACCGGCCGGAUCCUGCCGCGGUGCGGGCACCGGUUCCACGCCGAGUGCGUGGACAGGUGGUUCCGGUCGCACGUCACCUGCCCACUCUGCCGCGCCGUCGUGGCGGACGGCGGCUUCGGCAAGUCAUACCCCAAGAUAUGA